AUCGGCACCGUCGCCAUACCACAAACUCGCAAUGCUCAGUAGAGCAAUAGCAGUUUCACACGUACGCACGGAAAAGACUGACUCUACGCAUGUGCUUCAGCCUCAUUUCCUGCACCGUCUCAAUAAUUGUAAAUCAGAACCACUACUGCCACAGCGACAGUAUCCACAGGUGUGAUUGUAUAUCGGUGAGAUAUUAGAACUUUGACGGCACUUCCAUUGUACGACUUUGGACAUUUUUGCGGUGGAGGCGUUCGACCAACGACGACGACAAUAACCGAAAUUGGGAACGCACGACGAUCAUUAACUUUUCGCGGUGUCGUUUUUUGUCCGCGUUUGACAAUUACCACGACGAACAUCGCGCCUCCGCUAUGAUUCACAGCGGCGGCGGCGCCGAUUGUUACACUGCAGUGGCAACCACGACCAAUACCGGUAACCCGACGACGACUACCAUGAUGAUGGCCAAUAUACAGCAACAGCAACAACAGCUACAGCAACAGCAACAGCAGCAGCAGCAGCAGCAGCAACAAAUGCAACAGCAAACCGUCGGUGCGAACGUGCCGACGGAUUUCUGGUGGUGGUCCACGACGACCCAGCAACAGGCCGACGCGGUGGCCGGACACCAACACCAGCAAAUAUCGUCUUCGUCUUCGCUGCUGCAACAGCAACAACACCACCAGCAACAGCAAGACGCCAUCGCGGACGGCGGUGCGGACGAGUUUGACGGUUUCGACUUGUCGCUGCUCAUAAACGGCACCGGCGACGGAUACUUCAGCGACGCGUCGUCGGCCGCCGACUGUCGCGUGCCGGCAGCUGCCAUUUCCGCGACCGUCACCGUGCACACCAACGCGUCCGCGGAGGACGGCGGCGACUGUUACUACCCGUCGGCAGCGUCGUCGACGUCGCUACAACAGCAACUCGACCUGCAGCAACUCUUGUCCAUAUACGACGACAUUUGUUUUUUCAGCGCGGAAGACGCGAAAUUACAACAGCAACAGCAGCAGCAGCAGCAACAGCAGCAACAACAGCUUCCGGCGGCCCCGGCCGUGGUGUCCACCACGACCGCCGGCGACGUCCGUCAUCAAUCCGAAAUCGCCGCCACGCCGGUGCAGGUCAUGCCCGCCGGACAGCAGCUCGCCAAGGACCGCGUCGGCAAAGCCACCCUGUUGAGAUCGCUUUUGACGGCCACCGUGCCACCGCCGCCCAUGGAUAUCCCUCUGUCGCCCACGCGCCCGGCCGACUCUCCGCCCGCGGCCAUAGUCGAAUCCACCACCGAAGUGCCCUCGGAAGCGGCGACAGCCGUCAUCUCGACGACCACCACCGCGACGACGACGGUCAAACGCGAAGCAGACGUCUCGCCGGACAGCCGCGACGACAAGAGCAACAGCAACAACAAACACCGACUGUUGAUCGAAAUGUUACGCGGCGACAAUGCGGUGCAGGACGACGACGUCGUGCCGACGGCGCGGCCAGCUCGCCGCAGACCGCGCGCCGAGACGUUCGGUUCGGACGACGAAGGAGGAUCGCCGCAGGGCAGCCGCCGCCGGUUGGACGUGCCGCCGUCCCUGCAACUGGACGGCGGACAGUCCGCCGGCCGCGGUCAAUACGACGGGGCGGACGACGACGAACUCCUGUUGUACGGCGGCCCUUAUUACAACGGCGCCGCGACGACGUCGCCGUCGUGGUUGGACCGCAUGGUGGCCGCAGCCGCCGCCGCGACGACGGGCGCCGGCACUUCCGAUUUCUUUUCCGGUGAAGCCGACGCCGCCGCCGCCGCCGCAGAUCAAGACCUCUUCCGUCGGCGACAACAACAGCAACAGCAAAACGGCGACCGCGCUAUGGUGGACAUCGUCAACAUAGUGGACGACUGCUGCAGCGUCAGCGACUACUGCAACGGCUACGGCAUGGGCGGCUUCGACCAGGGCUACUACUCCGUCGCCUCGGCCGAAGUGGCGUACAGCCCGCAGACAUCGGCCCCGGUGCCGUCCGUCACGCCGCCGCCGUCUUCGUGCGGCGACCCGACGACCACGACCACGAGCGACGACGGUGAUAACAACAAUAUGGUCCAACAAAUGACGACGUGGAAAACGACAGACGCGACGGCAUCGGACGACUAUUACGACAGGCUGCUGAUGACGGUCAUGAUGGAGGCUGCGGCCGCGGCUUCCUCGGUCCCGUCGCCGGCCAGCGACAGCAACUCCGGCAUAGUUGCAGACAACGUGGGCAGCAGCAGCAGCAGCUACAUCAGCAGCAGCAGCAGCAGCAACAGCAACAGCAACAGCAACAGUAGCAAUAGUAGCACUUGCAGUACUACGUUCAACAGCGGCGACGUGGACAGCGGCUGCAGCGACGGCAAUAGCAACACUCCGGUGCAGCAGUGCUUCAAGAUCGAAGUGGACGACGACGACGACGACGACGACGAGUGUUACGGCGGCGACGCGGCCACCACGACGGCUUCCGCCGACGAAGACGACGCGGACGACAAGUCGGACGUAGCCGACGCCAUAAUGAAGUUCCAGCCGAUACAGCUGCAGCAGCUGCAGGCCGAACCGGAAAACAAGAUCGCGGCGGCCGUCGCCCCUGCUUCCGGUGCCGCGUCGUCGUCGCAACACAUCCAUCUGUGGCAGUUCCUCAAAGAGCUGUUGACCGCGUCGUCGGCCGCGGCCGCUGCGGAGCUGCAGACGGACGGCGAGGUGGCGGCGCCGCCUUCCCCGUCGACCACGUGCGCGACGACGCCGUCGCCGAACGCCGCCGCGAACAACAAGUCGCCGCAGCAGCCGCAGCAGAUGAUCCGGUGGUUGGACCGGAAGCUGGGCGUGUUCAAGAUCGAAGACAGCCAGGCCGUGGCCCGUCUGUGGGGCCGCCGCAAGAACCGUCCCGCCAUGAACUACGACAAACUGUCCCGGAGUCUGCGGCAGUACUACAAAAAGGGCAUCAUGCGCAAGACGGAACGCUCGCAACGGCUCGUCUACCAGUUUUGUCAUCCGUACAACGCCUAAGACGAUAGUAGUAUAGUGUCGACGUAAUAAUAAUAUACAGAACUAAUACAUUAAUAUUAUGUGUACAUAUUAUAUAUUAUUAUUGAUUAUUUUUUAUCGGUAUAGUUUUAAUAUUAUUAGUAUAUAUAUAAUUAAUAUUAUCGGGUCUGUGCGAGUUCGUUCGUGACGUUUCGCCGAGAAGAUCGGCCUCCGGGAUCAUGUUUUUUAUGAUUUCUAUUAAACUGGACUUGAUAUUUUGAAGCUCACUCUCACUAACACUUCACGAUAUCUGUCACUCUUGACAUCGUAACACAGUCCCGAUUGUAAUAGGUAUAUAUAUAUAAUGACGUAUAUAAUAUACACUAUUGCACUAUAUAGUAUAGUGGAUUAUAAACGCGGUGGUGGUAUAAUAAUAAACGAUUAACUCGAAACUUGUUAGGUUAAGUUAAAGUAGUGCUGGUACUUCGGCCGAACUAUUGUGAUAUAAUAAUUCGGUAGAGGUUCAAAGCACUCGUAUAAACACAUAAGCGCGAUACGCCGCGCCGUCUCGUACAGUCGUCGCCGUCGGACGGGCGGGCGGCGGACGCGAAGCCGCUUAGGCGCGAGCGAUGAACGCGGAAGGUAAUUUUCGCGAGCGCCACCGUCACGACCUUUUUUUAGGACGACGGGUUUUUUUUUGGGGGGGAAGGGGGGUAAAGCUGGUAGUUUUCGAAAAUGCGGUUCGGUUACGAUUUUGGUUUAUAUGUGUGUAACAACAUAUAAACUAAAUUUCACUAACGAUUUUCGACGGUAUAUACCUAGUUACUUGUAGUCGAGCGCGAUCAGGAGAGUUGGGAGAAUAUUGUGACGCUUUUGGUGUGAUUUUUUUUUUUUUUUUACUAUUUUAAAACUACCCGACCGUCGAGGCCCUCUGCGGCCUCGGUUGGACUUGGGUGGUUGUUAUCGGUCCCAUAUAUCAAUGAUAUAUUGUCUAUUACGUACGUUCUGUGAACAUGUUUUUUUUAACUUGUAAUUAUAAACUAUAUAUAUUUUUUAUUAUAUAAGAUUAAUUCAAUAUUAUUAUAAGGUAUAACAUUAUAUCGUACAUUUAUAUUGUAAUUAAUUAUUUUUUAAAUAUUGUGGGAAGAUGGGGGGCGAUUAUGUUUUCUGUGCGGACUGUAUUAAUCCGCAGACGUAAUACGCCAAUUGGUGCUGGUUCAUAAUAAUUAUUAUAUUCAUUAAACUAUUAUACGCAUAAAAUAAGCAAAACUAUAAAACUAAAACCAUUUUUUGAAUUCAAUGCUUGAAUUGGGAAAAAAUGUGUAUUUAUGGUCUCAAUAAUGUAAACUAACGAUUUGCAUUCCUUAUAUAAGUGUCAUUGACUUAUACCUUUUACCUAUACUUUUACUUUUUGACUUAUUUGAUCUGGAUUAUUUUAUCAUAUAAAAAAAUAGAAACAGUGAGCCAAUAAAACAUAAAAAAAAAUGGCUAUUUCCUUAAAAAGUUUGAAAUUAGCCGGUUCUAAUUCAAGCACUUAUUUUAACAUAAUUGUAUUGUUGAAAUAGCACGCUAUAUUUUAUGUGGGCACAUAUAAUUUAUAUAUAGCGUGCUACAAUAAUAUUAUGACACAAUAUUUUAUACAAUUUAUUUCAUUGUAAACGUUCUUAAUAUCCGUUUUAACUAACAAUGUUUGUAAUAAUUAUUAAGAUAAUUAAUUUAAGUUUUAAAAAUGUAAUAAUUUUAAGCUUGUUUUAUAAUUGUUAAAUUUUACGUAUUAUUGAUUCAUGUAUAUGCAAUAUACAUGCGCUCAAAUGUUAUCUUUUAAAUUCUCUACAUAUUUUAAUUGUAUUGUAAAUAGUUUUUAUAAGAAUGAUAUGUAUAUACGCAAUGAUGUAUUGUAUUUUAUAAACAUAAUUGUAUAAUAUAAUAUUAAUAAUAACAAACACACUUUGACGUUUUAUGUAUCAGAAGAAUAGAAGAUGCGAUAUAAAAUUACAAAGUAUGUAAUGUAUAUUGUGUGUAGUAUUGAUUUGUAAAUCGAACUACGACUUAUAAUAGUAUAUAUGUUAACGUUACCCUUUAUAUUGACAUAUUAUUUAGUUCAAGUAAUAUUAAUUUUAUGAAUUAUGACUUAUUGUUUUUACAUAAUAUAAUAUCAUAAUAAAUGUACUUUCAAAAAAAUAUAACAUGACAAAGAAUCAUGAACAACGCGGUUACGGGUUAUUAUUGUGCACUUAUAAGUAUUAAAUAUUAUUCUAUUCUUUAACUUAAAUUGAUGAGAUUUGUAUAUAAGCAGGAUAGGUAAUUAAGUUAGUGGAGUUAGUCUUUUUUUAAAUUAUUUUCAAAUUUUAAAUAUAUGUAUCUAUAAAAAGGGUUUUUAUUAACAAUGAUUUUAAAAUUUAUUUUAUGAUUGAUUGUAAUCACUAUAUAACUGUAUAUAUAAUAGAUACCUAUCAUAAUGUAUA